CGGCCGGCGCGCCGCCAUGUCGGAGGAGGACGAGCGGAGGGCCGCGCUGGAGGUGGUCCAGGCAGAUGGGACAGAUGGAAACUGUGUCACGUUUGUGUUGCACGAUGAGGAUCACACGCUUGGCAACUCUCUGCGAUACAUGGUCAUGAAAAACCCAGAUGUGGAAUUCUGUGGCUACUGCAUCACUCACCCCUCUGAAAGCAAGAUUAACUUCCGGAUCCAAACCAGGGGGUCCCUUCCAGCUGUYGAGCCAUUCCGAAAAGGCCUGAACGAUCUGAUGGGUGUUUGCCAGCACGUCCUUAACACCUUUGAGCGGAGCAUGAGGGAAUACAGGGCCCAAAAGGAGGAAGAGAUGCAGUAGCGUCUGGAGAAGACAGUCCCCUGUGGAUAAUGUCUGUAGCCCAUGUGCGUGAGUGAGUGUUGAAUUCCCCAUGUCAAGAGUUUGU